GCUGCCUCUCUUUCUCCCUGUCAGCUCUUUAAAAGGAGUCAGAGCCACAGAUUCUACAGAGAGCAGCUCAGGAAAGAUUUCCUUCAUAAUGUCUUCCAAAAUACUUUGCCUUGUGACUUUGCUGGCUUAUACUCUAAAAUUGACCUUCACUCAGGAGAGCUGCAGAGGACGAUGUGGUGCUGAGUACUACAGGGGCCACAUGUGCCAGUGUGACUACAGCUGCCUGUCCUAUGGAGAAUGCUGCAGCGACUAUGAAUCCCAGUGCACCUCAAAACACUCCUGCAAGGGCCGUUGUGGAGAAAACUUCAAGAGAGGUCGGCGGUGCACCUGCGACUCUGAUUGCUUCAAGUUUGGCCAGUGUUGUCCAGAUUAUAAGGCCCACUGCGAAGCGGAUGAAAAGAGGGGAGCAGCAACAGGACCAAUGAAGAGUAAUUCAUGUGAUAAUGUACACAAUAACAAUCCCAAAGAAUCAACUCUGACGGACGACCCUUCAUUGGGCGAAGGAAACAAUGCAGAUGACAACUCAUUUACUCCAGACAGUUCAGCAACACCGUACCCACUGAAUGAUCUAAGUGAUGAUAUUUUUGGUGAGAUCUUUCCGCUUGAUGACCCUUCCACUAAUGGAGAUGGAGAUCCGGAAGCGUCUCCAGGCCCAGAGAUCAUCAGUGGUGAUGGAUCAAAUCCGGCUGAACCUCUGGAUAAAAUCCCAACAGAAGCAACUCUGGUUACAGGCGAUCCGGCGUUCAGUACGGAGACACCUGAGGUGUCUCCUGCAGAUCUCAUUUUUACUCCAGCAACUCCAAGCAAAGACCUCGAAGAUCCUAACGGAGACCCAGAUGGACCAACAAUUGCUCCUGACCCAACGGCUGCAGCUGACGAUGACAUCCUUCAGCCGUUCUCCCCCUCAUCAUCUACAGUCUCUAUAGACACAGAGGAGGAGAUUUUAUCUUCGGAAACACCUGAAGUCUUAUCCACCGACAUGCAGGACUUGAUAGCAGAACCAGAAAAAUCUCAGCUCGGUUCGACCCCUGCCUCUUCAAUCCUGGCUUCAGUGAUGCCCCAAGAGGAAAACACUUCCAACCCAAACAUAGAGAGUGACCCAGGAAGCAGCACCAGCUCCCCUGAUGUACUGCAAGGCAUUAAAGAUCCAGAAUCCACUCUAUCCCCAGAUGGAAAUGGGGUUUCCUCAUCCACAGAUGCAGACCCGCAUGAGAGUACUGACAGCGAUCAACCAGACGUACCGACGGCUGAUCCUCCCACUUCUGAACCCGACAUUACCACUCUGAACCCACAAACCCAGAGUACUGACAGCGAUCAACCAGAUGUACCGACGGCUGAUCCUCCCACUUCUGAACUCGACAUCAAACCUCUGAACCCACAAACCCAGAGUACUGACAGCAAUCAACCAGACGUACCGCUCACUGAUUCUCCCACUUCUGAACCCGACAUUACCACUCUGAACCCACAAACCCAGAGUACUGACAGCGAUCAACCAGACGUACCGACGGCUGAUCCUCCCACUUCUGAACCCGACAUUACCACUCUGAACCUACAAACCCAGAGUAUUGACAGCAAUCAACCAGACAUACUGACUCCUGAUCCCCCCACUUCUGAACCCGGCAUCAAACCUCUGAACCCACAAACCCAGAGCACUGACACCGAUCAACCAGACGUACCGGUCACUGAUUCUCCCACACCUGAACCCAACAUCACACCUGACCCGUCCAAAGUAUCGACCACCUCUAAACCAAACACCAAGCCUCUGAACCCACAAACCCAGAAACCAUACAACCCUAGAGACUACCAAGGAGAUGAGAACAGUGACUCUGAUCUGUGCAGCGGGAGGCCGGUUGGCGGGGUCACCACACUCAGGAAUGGAACAAUCGUGGUUUUCAGAGGUCAUUACUUCUGGUUUCUGGACAGAAACCGGGUGCCGAGCCCACCCAGAGGAAUCACAGAGGUUUGGGGUGUCCCCUCACCUAUUGACACCGUCUUCACUCGCUGCAACUGCCAGGGAAAAACCUACAUCUUUAAGGGAGGCAAAUAUUGGAGGUUUGAAAAUGACGCUCUAGAUUCUGGUUAUCCUAAAGCCAUUAAAGUGGGCUUUGAUGGGCUCCAGGGCCACAUCACGGCUGCCCUGUCCGUACCUCAGUACCUCAACAGAAAAGAGUCAGUCUUCUUCUUUAAGAGAGGGGGAACUGUUCAAAAGUAUUCAUACCAGUUUGGCACCAGCUCAGGAUGUCGAAGAACUUCCUCACUUCCUGUUUAUACCGUUCGUUCCAGAUUUGCCCGACAAGCAGUUUCUGUUUUAGAACCAGCCGUAAACAUCCGGAAAGCCUGGAGAGGAUUCCCCUCCACCAUUACAGCAGCCGUGUCCUUGCCAAGCAGCAGAGACCCAGAGGGAUACAGAUACGUCGUCUUCUCCAGAUCGACGGCCUUCAACGUGAGGAUGCAAGGCGAUCGCCCCGUCGUUGCCGCCCCGAGCCCCAACGUGUCCCCGAGAACCAACAACUUCUUCAAAUGCCCGAGGAAAUUAUAAAGGAAAAAAUACGAAGAGGCAGCUUUUUUUCUUCACUUUUAUUCUCUGC